AUGGACUGCUUGGGCUGGGACGUGGGGUGCCACCCCCCCGUAAGCCCAGCUCUCCUCUGCCCACAGCUUCGAGAAAGCAAUCCUGAAUUCCAGGAGAGUUCUCCAAGGCCCUGCUCUUGCAGCACAAAGUUCCAUCUGAGGAGGAUCCGCUCCUUGCCGCCGUGUCUCCUGGAAUCCAGCACGAUCCUGAAGGACAUCUCCCACUCCAGGGAGUUCAACAUCCGCAGAGGCCGAGUGCAGAGGGGCUGGAGGGAGUCUGAGGAUGAGGAGGGCUUUGUCCCCAAGAAGCUGCCGACACUGGAUCAGCAGAGCUGGCUGGCCACCGGCCAUGGGGCUGCCAGGAGGGACUCCCUGGCCACGAGACCCUGCUCCACAUCCAGCCUGCUGCUGCCGCCCUGGCAGAGUGAUGCCACCAUGCCCCAGGGGACUGAGAACGUGCUGACCACGAGGAUGACAAGGAAGGAGGAGGCAGAGCUGCGUCCAGGGAAGUGCAGCAAGUGCCAGCAGCUCUUCUGCUCGCCCUUGGGGACCAGCAGGGCCAUCAGGCCCAUGCUGAAGCGGGGACACCCCUGUGAUGGGGACACCCCUGUCAAGGCCAAGCAGCACAGGAGGGUGGCCAGCACCCCCCAAGAGGAGGUGUCGCUGGAGCCAGAAGAGGGGCUGCAGCAUUCCAGGUCUGCCCAGCAUGAAGAGAUCAGGAGCCUGCCAGACAGCAACAAUCAGGAGCUCAUUGGGGACUUCUCCAAGGCUCACCUCCUGCCAACGGUGAAGGGGAAGGACCCAAGCCUGAAGUACAUCUCCCCUGACACGUUGGUGGCAGUACUGUCUGGGCAGUGGAGCAGCUUCAUUGAGAGCAGCAUCACCGUGGACUGUCGGUACCCCUAUGAGUACGAGGGGGGCCACAUCAAGGGUGCUGUCAACCUGCCCCUGCAGCAAGAUGUGGAGCAAUUCCUGUUGGACCAGCCCAUCCUGUCCCUGGACACCAGCAAGAGGGUGAUCAUCAUCUUCCACUGCGAGUUCUCUGCUCACCGGGGGCCCAAAAUGUGCCGGUUCCUCAGGGAAAAGGAUCGUUCCUGUCACGAGUACCCCCAGCUCCACUACCCCGAGCUCUAUGUCCUGAAGGGGGGGUACCGGGACUUCUUCCUGCAGUACCCGACACACUGCGAACCCCAGGACUAUCGGCCCAUGGAGCACGGGGCCUUCCAGGAGGAGCUGCGCCAGUUCCGCUGCCAGAGCAGGCUCCGGGCGGGAGAGCGCAGCCGGCGGGAGUUCUGCAGCCGCCUCCUGCCCCGCUGAGCGCUCGGGGACCCGCAGCCCCUCCGUGGGCAAUGGGGGAGCUGGGGGGGUGCGAGGGCUUCCCUUGGCCGGGCAAUGUGCUUUGGGUUGGUCUGGUUUCCUAGGAUUGGUUUAAUGUAGAGGCUAUUGUUAGGAGCGGUUUAAUGUCUUAGUUAUUAUUAGGAUUGGUUUAAUUGGUUAUUGUAAGGAGUGGUUUAAUGUCUUAGUUAUUGUUCGGAUUGGGGGUUUGUGCCUUCUUUAUUGUUAGGAUUGGUUUAUUGUAUUGCUUAUUGUUAGAAUUUUGUUUGUGUCUUGUUUAUUGUUAAGAUUGUUUUUUCAUGGUCUCUGAUAUCAAACUCCUAAGGUGGAAGGAAAGAAGGAAAAAACACAGGAUGCUCAAUUAGCUACAUAGAAUAUUCCUGAAGUACUUUAUUUUGUACAAAAUCAAUGCACAAAGACCUUCAUAGCAGCAAAUUACUUCCUUUAUUGUAAAUGUGGCAACGACUUUAACCACAAUCCAGUAAAGGUGUUCCAUGGUUCUCCAUGUCCUUCAGAGAUAAAAAGUCACCCCCAAGGAAAUGAGUGGUACUGACAAGCAGCACAACUGGUUUCCAAUAUGGUUGCUUUUUUCUUACUGUGAAAUUUGCUGGCACAAAAUUCUUCAUACUAUGAUUUCAGCCAAAACAUAAGAGAAAAUGUCACUGUCAGAAUGGAUAAACAUCAUAAUAAUAGAGAUUUAUUUUUAUUUUGUUUCUCUUUGAAAAGACUUUUGCUAUUGCUUCUAGCAGGACAGCUAUAGCAAGCUAUAGAAACUUUGCUC